UGAACGGCUGUCGUGAUAAAUGGUACGUUCCGCAGCUCCGGGCGGAAGUGGGGCUCUUCUUGGACCUUGGCGUGCGGAAGGCGGCGGCGGCGACAGAAUAAUGGCGGCCCCGGGGUAUCUCACCAUUUUCAUCUUGGCAUUAAUAUUUGUGGCCAGCUUACAGGCUCUGACUCCUAGCCAUUAUCUCACAAAACAUGAUCUUCAGAGGCUACGAGCUUCCUUGGAGCGCCCCUUUACUGAUCUGGAAGGAAGUUAUUACUCCAUUGUAGGACUGAACAAAUUAGGAGGGCAAGUGGCUGAUGAAAAGGCUGCCUGUAACUUCAUAAAAUCAAAGGUGGACCCCAAUAGUGUUGAUUCCCUCUUCUAUGCUGCACAGGCCAGCCAGGCAUUGUCUGGAUGUGAGAUUGCCAUUUCAAAUGAAACCAGGGAGCUGCUGCUUGCCGCUGUCAGUGAAGAUUCCUCCGUCACCCAGAUCUACCAUGCUGUUGGAGCCCUGAGUGGCUUUGGGCUCCCUCUUGCCUCCCAAGAAGCCCUGACUGCCCUGACUUCUCGUCUCAGCAAGGAAGAGAACGUCUUGGCAACAAUUCAGGCUUUGCAGACCGCUUCAUACUUGUCCCAGCAAGCUGACUUAAGAGGCAUUGUAGAAGAGAUAGAGGAUCUUGUUGCCCGACUGGAUGACCUUGGAGGGGUGUAUCUGCAGUUUGAAGAAGGACUUGAAGCAACUGCAUUGUUUCUGGCUGCUACAUACAAACUGUCUGACCAUGUAGGGACAGAGCCAGCAAUGAAAGAGGAUCAAAUCAUCCAGCUGGUGAAUGCAGUUUUCAGCAAGAAGAACUUUGAGGUUCUUUCUGAAGCUUUUAGUGUGGCUUGUGCUGCAGCUUCCCUUUCCCAGAAUCGUUACCAUUUGCCAGUCAUUGCAGUCCCUGAUGGGCCUGCUGCCGUCUCCCACCACCAGCCCAUUUUUAAGCUCCAAGUGACCAAUGUUAUGUCACAGCCCCUGACUCAGGCAAGUGUGACCUUGGAUCAUGCAAAAUCGGCUGCUACUAAAGCCACAGUCCUUCAGCAGUCUGCCUUUGCCCUGUCUGGAAAUGCCUUUGAGCUGAAUUUCAUGAGUGUCAAGCCUGCCAGUGGGUAUUACAAUUUCGCGAUCAGUGUCGAUGGGGACAGUCGCUUUAUUGCAAACAAAGUUGAGCUGAAAGUCAAGGUCUCCACAGAAGUUGGCAUUUCAAAUGUGGAUCUCUUCACUGUGGAUAAAGACCAGAGUAUUGCACCAAAAACUACCAGGAUCACGUACCCAGCCAAAGCCAAAGGAUCCUUCACUGCUGACAGCCAUCAGAAUUUUGCCUUGUCCUUCCAGCUGGUCGAUGUGAACACUGGAGCAGAACUCAUCCCCCACCAGACCUUUGUGCGACUUCACAAUCAAAAGACUGGGCAGGAGGUGGUGUUUGUUGCAGAACCAGACAGCAAAAACAUCUACAAGUUUGAACUGGACACUUCAGAGAGAAAGACAGAGUUUGAUUCCGCCUCUGGAACCUACACCCUGUACUUGAUCAUUGGGGAUGCUACUUUGGAAAACCCAAUCCUCUGGAAUGUGGCUGAUGUUGUCAUCAAGUUCCCAGAAGAAGAUGCGCCAGCCACAGUCCAGUCAAAGAGUCUUUUCACUCCUAAACCGGAGAUACAGCACCUGUUCAGAGAACCUGAGAAGAGGCCUCCCACCGUGGUGUCCAACACAUUCACAGCCAUGAUACUCUCCCCACUGCUUUUGCUCUUUAUUCUGUGGAUAAAGAUCGGAGCCAACAUUUCCAACUUCAGCUUUGCUCCAAGCACCAUUAUCUUUCACCUGGGUCAUGCAACAAUGUUGGGGCUCAUGUACGUGUACUGGACUCAACUCAACAUGUUUCAGACCCUGAAGUAUCUGGCUAUCCUGGGAAGCCUCACUUUCCUAGCAGGCAACAGAAUGUUGGCUCAUAAAGCAGUUAAAAGGAUCGCUGCAGAACAGAGCAGUAGGUUGGCAAAGUAUAGAACGCUGCGGUAAAAGGGGGUUGUGCUAGUGACCAGCUCUUCCUAGAAAACUCACUGAUGCAAGAAGAAAAGAAAAACUUGAAAGAAAUCCAGUUUCAGCUCCAGAGGGAAGGAGCCAAAGAAGAGUUUAAAAUACGGAAAAGAAUUGCCUCUAAUACAGAAAAGAAUUUUGUUGGAUUUGUUUUUUAUUUGUUUUUUUU